ACAAAUUUUCACAUCCUUUCCAUCAAUUUAGGGCUUCAGUUUCCUUUAUUAACAGGCAUCUUUAGCAAUGGACUCUUAUGUGAUCCAGAUGAAUGGCAAUCGUGAUCUUUCCUCUGUCCUGGAUGUCCACGCAAACAUGAAUGAAAGAAAUGCAGUCUUGGGAAAAAUGAAAGGCAGGAAGGCUAGAUGGGCAGUGAGAGCCUCUGAUAUGUCCAAGAAAACGUUCAAUCCCAUCAGAGCCAUUGUAGAUAGCAUGAAAGUGGAGCCGAAUCCUAAUAAAACAAUGAUCUCUUUGUCAAUAGGAGACCCAACUGUAUUUGGAAACCUCCCUACUGAUUCUGAAGUUACUCAGGCCAUGAAGGAUGCCUUAGAUUCAGGAAAGUAUAAUGGUUAUGCUCCAUCAAUUGGCUAUCUGUCUAGUCGGGAGGAAAUCGCUUCCUAUUACAACUGUCCAGAGGCCCCCCUGGAAGCCAAGGAUGUCAUUCUCACAAGUGGCUGUAGCCAGGCCAUUGAACUUGCCUUGACCGUGUUGGCCAACCCAGGACAGAAUAUCCUGAUACCCAGACCUGGCUUCUCUCUCUAUAAGACUCUGGCUGAAUCCAUGGGGAUUGAGAUCAAAUUUUACAACUUGUUGCCGGAAAAGUCUUGGGAAAUUGACUUGAAGCAUUUGGAAUCAUUGAUUGAUGAGAAGACAGCUUGUCUUAUUGUCAACAAUCCAUCAAACCCCUGUGGUUCAGUAUUCAGCAAACGUCAUCUCCAGAAGAUCCUGGCUGUGGCUGCAAGACAAUGUGUUCCCAUUUUGGCUGAUGAAAUCUAUGGAGACAUGGUGUUUUCGGAUUGUAAAUAUGAACCUUUGGCCACUCUCAGCACCAAUGUUCCCAUCUUAUCUUGUGGGGGGCUAGCUAAGCGUUGGUUGGUACCAGGCUGGAGAAUGGGCUGGAUUCUAAUCCAUGACAGAAGAGACAUAUUUGGUAAUGAGAUUCGAGAUGGGCUGGUAAAGCUGACUCAGAGGAUCCUGGGACCCUGUACCAUUGUCCAAGGAGCGCUGAAAAGCAUUAUGAGAAGAACACCUCAAGAAUUCUACCACAAUACCCUAAGCUUCCUUAAGUCAAAUGCUGACCUUUGUUAUGGGGCCUUGGCUGCUAUUCCUGGACUCCGGCCUGUCCAGCCUUCUGGGGCCAUGUACCUCAUGGUUGGAAUUGAGAUGGAACAUUUCCCAGAAUUUGAAAACGAUGUUGAAUUCAGUGAGAGGCUAAUUGCAGAGCAGUCUGUCGUCUGUCUUCCAGGAAAGUGCUUUGAAUACCCCAAUUUUUUCCGAGUGGUUAUCACAGUCCCUGAGGUGAUGAUGUUGGAGGCUUGCAGCAGGAUCCAGGAGUUCUGUGAGAAGCACUACCAGAGUGUUGAAGGAGCUCAGGAAGAGUGUGACAAAUAAGUCAUCUUCCUUUCCCCAUAGUGUUUUUCUUCUGGGACCAGGCUAGGCAGUGCGCUUCUAUUGCCCAUUGAAUUGGAUGCCGACAAGUGGGAGAGGGGCCACAAAAACAACUCACUUCCACCCCAACUCUUGUUGUUUUCUAGACCCAACUGAACACACUCUGUCUCCAUAAAUUCUCCUAAAGUUGUAGUAACAUGAUUCACUCCCCUAGUUUUUAGUCUCUCCCCACCAUUAAAAUUUCCUUCUCUUUUUGUCUGUGUAACACAUUAGUAAAAAUCUAACCUAGUUGUUAAUAUGAUCUCUGAUUUAAUAAGAAAGUACCACAUAAAAAGUGAGUUAAAGAAGAACAAUCAAGAACCAGUAAAUAUACAUUCAUUAAGCACCAUGUACUAGGUACUAUGCUUAGCUUUGGGGAUACAAAAAGAAGCAAAAGAAAAUUCGUGCCCUGAGGAGCUUUCAAUCUAAUGGGAAAAAAGGAUGGAAACAGCAGAUUCAAGGAAUUUGUGUCUUUGAUAUUUUCUCAUUCAGUGGAUCCUACAUAGCCAAAUUAGUUCUGGAGCCAAAUUCAGUUAUCACCUUUCUAACCCUAAGUAUAUUUCGCAUUAUGUAAUAGAUGUUACUGAAAAAAAAAUUGAGUUUGAAUCAAAUUUUUGGCAAUUGUAUUUUCAAAGCAUUUGGGGAGUUGGCUUUUUAAAGGAACCCUGACAGAAAUCAUUUUUAUAGCAUGAAGAGUCCUUUUGUAAUGCAAAUAAUAACUAUAAUUUAUCUAUUUUGUGGCUAUAUUUUUGUAUAUUAGAUUUUCUUAAAGUGGGGUUAUGCCAGAAAGUAUCUUUUGAGGAUUUAUUGUGUCAUUAUGAUGAAAGGAACAGGAAUACCCUGAUCUGCCAUGGAAUCAUUUUUGGUGUAACUCUAAUAUUGAUUUAUUAUAUUAUAUAUUAUAUUAUCUUUUAAUAUAUUAUCUAAAGAACAUUUAUAUUGACCAAACCCUUUGUUUUGCAAAGGGCAUAAAUUAUUGUUUUUUUUUUAAAUAAAUUUUACAAAGUCUGCA